CGCCGUGAGGGAUGGAGGUAUACACAUCCUCCUCUCCCGCUGGCUUGUGUAUGUGACUCGAGUGGUGAUACAGACAGUUAAUCCGUUGGUGAUAGUGGUGUCCAGCGGCGUCUCCACCCCUGUAGCGGCCGCCAGUGAAGUGUGGGUGGUGGUGACGCGCGUGCCUUACCCGAGGAAGUGAUUUAAAUGCUAAUUACCGUAAACAGCGGUGGUCUCAGUGCGCGGGGCCCAGGCUGGUGGUGAGAGGUCAGGCCAGGUCACCUCUCCCCGCAACCCUGCCUCUGCCCUGCCCCAGACCCUGUACAGUGCUGGCUGAUAUAGCGGCCCAGGCACCGCUGGCGUGGGCGGCGGGCGGUGCGUGAUGCCGCCAUGUCCGGGUGGCGAGUGUGGCAGCUGGUGGGGUGGCUGGUGCCCGAGCGACGCAGCGCCCCCGACCAGCGCCGGCAGCUGCGGCCCCACGCCUCGCCGAGGGGCUCACGUUCUCUCUUCACCUCUCCAACGCACGGGGUGGCCCCCACCGGGGAAGACUCCAGCCACCUGCGCCGCAGCCUAAGCUGUCUCGAGCAGCAUCCAGAGGAGGUCGAAUAUCCCGCAAAUCAUGUGGCUCCUGCAAACCCUGCAACACUACCAAACCCUGCCGCACACAACGCCCCCGCACUCCCUUCCAACCCCGCAGUUGCCGCAGUUCCCUCAAGCCAAGCUGCCUCGACAGUUCAUGCAGCCCCCACAGUCACAGCAGCUGCCUCAGGCCGGGAGGAGUCUUCAGGCCAAGCAGGACAGCGUGGCAUCGCGAAUGGAACCCCGAAAGUCUCCUCGUCGGCUACACUUCCUCGCGCCAGCUCCAGGCGGAGGUCAUUGCCGGUGUCCUCCGAAGAUGACGAUGGUCGCCACACGUCCCUCUCCAGGAGAAUGUCGGUGCAGCCCUCGGGCCGCCGCCAUCCCAACACUCAGGGCCAUGCAGCUUUAUCUGGUAGUCACACAUGGACCAGGAACUCAACGAGGGAGAGGCUGGCCGCCGUCACCAUCGGGAUGGGCGGCAAAGAAAAAGCUAAGGACAACGCUCAACCAGACAAAGACAACACCCGCACCAGCCUCUCCCUUCAUUUGACCUCCAACGGGCUCUCCCCCGCCACCAGCGCCCAUGUAACCUCACGCCCAGACAGCUCAGCGGCGGGGUCCGAAGGCGACGCGGCGUUCUGUCGCCUGCGGGAGGCCGUCGCCAGCCGGGCAUCGACCGCCAAGACAACCAAGAGCCCCUUGUCGCCUCUCGCGCUUCCUACCACCACCUCCGCCGCCAUUGCCGCAGCGGCAGCAAGCCUCAGGUCAAAUCUUAAACCAAAGAAUCAGCUGAGGCGCAGGAGAUCCGAUUCUGGUCAUUCUGUGACUUUCGACCUGCCAGAAGACUGCGACAACCUGGGCACUGCGCGCGUCGUGCGGGUCGACGCCGAGCCGCUGUCCAAAUGCAUGAAGGACCACCAGAACAUGCGGGAGCAGAGUGGUGCGCGGGACAGGCGGCGGCACGACGACGACCCGCACGACGAGGUGCUGACGUGGCUCUCCGCCGGCGAGAUGGGUCAGGGCCUGGCCGAGAGGGCGCCUACGCCAGGUGUUGGCCAAGAGAUUCCCUCGGGUAGUAUUAGCAGGGAGGACUCGGCCCGCAGCCCCGUGUGGCCCAAACCCACACUCCCUGAGGUGGCGGCCAUGGCGGUACUCAGCCCUGGCCUUGGAGAAUCUGCCGUCAGCCCUUGCGGACCACUGUCACUGUCUAACAAGACCACCUCUCCUGCCCCGCCCCUUCAGCCGCCCACGCCGACGCCCCAGCACAGCCAGGCCUCUCUGGAGUGGUCCUCCACAGACAGUGGCGGACCGGACUCUGGGUAUUGGGGUGCCGGCGAGGCCCCGGUGGCCACACGGCGCGGCGUGAAGGUGGUGUCGCGGGGCAGAGAGCUGCUCCUGCCCUACGCCUGUUUGCAUCGCGGCCGCCUCCAUCUACGCAUCGUCAGAGACGAGGUGCUGGAGGAGGGUGGCUGCGCACUAAGCGUCAGAGAUGUGAGCGAGCUGCUACACGCCCAGUACGCCAUUAUUACCGGAGGAAAAUCGCGAGAGGGUUGCCCCAUCCUCACAUUCCCGGAUAGAGGAAAUUUUGCUCAGCUAGGAGACGAGGAAUAUCGAAAACUGAUCAUCUACCUCACCUCAGUCCCCUCGCUUCAGGACGCCGACUUGGGGUUUGUGUUGGUCAUCGACAGACGCAAUGACAAAUGGAACUCCGUCAAAACUGUUCUCCUCAAAAUAUCGGGCUUCUUCCCGGGACUCAUCACCGUGGCGUACGUGCUCAGGCCAGCCGGGUUCCUGCAGAAGGCCAUCUCGGAGGUGUCCAACAAGAUCUUCCGGGACGAGUUUAAGUUUCGGGUGGUGGUGUGUAACUGCGUCGCGGACCUUCACGAUUACAUAGACAAGAACCAGCUGACGGAGGACCUGGACGGCUGCAUCCCUUACAAUCACGAUGAGUGGAUUGAGCAGAGAGUGAGGGACAGAGACCGAGGGCUGCGGGUCGGGGCACGGAACCCUCGGCGCUUAUUCUCUGGCACGGAGGAGGCGGCGGUACUGCACGCUCGUACUGUCAUGGAUCUCGUGCACGACAUCGCCUCCUCCCACAACUACGAGGCGGUGGUGGCGAGCGACUAUAUCCUACAGAUUCAGAUCCAACACGCCGUGGCCACUCUCAAGCAGGCGGUGGAGAAGUUCAGCGCCAAUACUCAGGAGAUCAGCGCCUCCCUUCGGGCCUUCACGCAGAAGCUUCAGGAGACGGAGUUCCCCAAUGAUGUCAACUCCACCGAGGAACUGCUUCGCUCCCAGCGGGCGGAGUAUACGGUGCUCAAGGAUGACCUACUGUCCGCCUCACGCCACGGGGAAACACUGCUCAACUGCAUCAAACGCCCUGGAGAGCCUCGGUCCGCCCGCCUGUGCCCUGAUAAGCUGAUUAACGUGACGGCGGUGGAGCGGCUCUUGGUGCAGCUGGAGGAGACAGAGAGGACCUUUGAUGAGUUCUGGACGAGACACGAAGGGCGCCUCACGCAAUGUUUGCAACUCAGGCGCUUCGAGAUCGACUUCAGGGAGCUGCAGACGUCCCUGGAGGUGUCCCUGAAGCAGCUGAGUGGCAUGCUGGAGGUGGGCGACUCAGUGGUGCACGUCGACCAGCUCUUAGCAGAGGCACAGGACUUCCACAUGAUGACUGCCGACCAGCUGGAGAAGGCGGAGGAGCUGAGAAUCAUCGGCACACAGCUCAUUGAGAGUCAGCACUACGCGGUCGACUCCAUCCAGCCCAAGUGUGUGGAGUUGGUGCGGAUGAAGGACGCCUUCCAGGAACGCAUCACCCGCCGCCUGGAGACCUUACACAAGUGCCGGGACCUUCAGGAGCGCAUUGAGAGAGCCAAUAAGUGGUGCACAGAGGGUGUGGAGCUGCUCGCCUGUCAGCAGAUAGAAAGAUGUCAGGCCCCAGAGUUUGCCGAGGAGGCUUUGAGGGAGCUGGAGGAGUUCAUGGCGUCCUCAGACCACAGCCACCUGGGCAGCUCACGGGAACUGAAGACCAUGUUUGAAGACGUCAUCACUCCAGAAACCAAGGGACUUGUGCAACAGGUGCUGAAGAGAAUAGAGGAUGUGCAGAUGAUGUGUGAGAAGAGAAAGAGUUCCCUCAAGAGGCUGGCCACACGCCUCCCCCGGCCAGUGCAUGCAGUCACCCCAGAGCCAGCUGUCCCCCUCCACCACAGCCAGGGCCAGUCCAGUGGUACGCCCCAUUCCCAUCCUGCCUCUCCCCUCCACGCAGACCUUCCCAAGUCUCCCAAGAGCAUGAGGAAGGCGUCCACACUGCCCAAGCAGCUUGGAGACAGCGGUGACUCGCCUGAGUGGACCGGGGACACUGAGGCGAUGCGAGCCAAGCGAGGCCACGUCCUGAGAGAACUUCUGGACACCGAGCGCGUUUAUGUGUCUGAGUUGUGCUCCAUCCUCAAGGGCUACAAGGACGAGAUGCUGAAUCCUGAGAUGCAGCCACUGAUCCCUGUCAACCUGUACGGCAAGAGUGAUCUCCUCUUUGGCAACAUGGAGGAGAUCUUCCGUUUCCACAAUGACGUCUUCCUGAGGGACCUUGAAAACUGCAUCAACACGCCUGAGCUGAUCGGACUCUGUUUUGUCCAGAGGAAAGACACAUUCCACCGUCUGUAUUCCCUGUACUGCCAAAACAAGCCCCAGAGUGAGGAGCUGCGUCGCCAAGUGGGAGACACCAACCCAUUCUUCAAGGAGUGCCAACGACGCCUCCACCACAAGCUGCCCCUCGGUGCCUACCUCCUCAAACCAGUCCAGCGCAUCACCAAGUACCAGCUGCUCCUCAAGGACCUUCUGAAGUGUGUGGAGGGAAGCCAAGGCCGCCGGGAGCUGCAGGAAGCGGUAGACACAAUGCUUGCAGUCCUCAAGUGCCUCAAUGAUUCCAUGCACCAGGUGGCCAUUGUGGGAUUCCCGGGCAACUUGGCAGACCUAGGCAAGCUUCUCAUGCAGGGGCCCUUCAGUGUGUGGAAUGAGGGCAAGAAGGGACUGAGGGAGCUUCGUCUCAAGCCUGCCCAGAGACAUAUCUUCCUCUACGAGAAGGUGCUGCUCUUCACCAAACGGGCCGGGAAGGACACUGACCGUGCCACUUAUCACUUCAAAAAUGCCCUCAAGAUGUCCCAGGUCGGCCUGACGGAGAGUGUACACGGCAACAAGGGCGACAUCCGCAAGUUUGAAGUGUGGCUUCAGGGGCGGCAGGAGGUGCACACUAUCUUGGCUCCAUCGGCUGAAGUGAAGGAGACCUGGGUGAAGGAGAUCAAGCGAGUGUUGCUGGACCAAUUUGAGUACCUGAAGGGGGAGAACAUCAAACAGUAUUCCUCCAGGAUCCAGAAGGGCGCCAGUCUCAACGGCAUCAGGAUCCCGCCACUCUCACCCACAACACAGCACAGGGCGCUGCGCCAGACUGCCUCGUGGGACAUGGCCGGCAAUGGCAUGAGUGGCAGUGGGGGAUCCAUCAGUUCCAGCAGCUCUGAGGGUCGGCAGAGUGGCAAUGGGGUGAGGGAGGGCAGCCGCCGCUCCACCCGCAGCAUGAGGUCUUCUGAGGGAACACUUGGAGAUGCCCCAGAGGAGGAGGAGGAGAGCUGGUCUUCUGACUACUCAGCCUCAGAUGAAGAAGAAGACCAAGAGACCUUCUCAGAAAGCACAGAAUACACAUCGUCGAGAUUCCUGGUCCUUGCUGACUACAAUGCCAUGGGCAGCUCUGAGGUCAGCCUGAGGGAGGGAGACUAUGUAGAUCUCAUCAAAGUGGGAUGUGCUGGCUGGUGGUAUGUGCGAGUGACCGGCACGCCCUAUGAGGGGUGGGCGCCAGCUGCUUACCUUGAGCGGGUCCUCAAGAAGGGCAGCCGGUCUUCUCCUUCUGUGAGCAGCCAAGAAUCAACUUCUGGCCUCAAACACGCCACCUCCAGGACCUCUGUUGCCUCACUCUCUGCCAAGUCUGAGGAGAUCAACAUCCUGUGAAUGGUGCAGAUGGAGCAGCCUGCUGUGCUCUGACCUGCUGGUGGUGGACAGGUUCCCUACAGCCUACAUAGCCUACAUAACACAUGAGAAUUGUUAAUGUACAGUUAAUUUCUGGUUCCUGUUGUUUAUGACAAUAUUUUAUGUAUAUUAGUCAGCUGAUCCAAGAUUUCUGGGGUACAAGUGAGCUGGACUCCAAUUCCUAGAUAAGUGUAGCUGUUGCAUAUGGCUGGGGAGGAUCUAGAUACUGUACCUAGUUCUUAUUGGUUUCUACACUGCUGAUGAACAGCUGUAGAGGUGUGGCUGGACCUGUACAGAACCAACAGACAUUACCAUCACCACCACCACCACCAUCAUCAUUCCCUCAGAAAGUACCAGCCAACACGUUCCAGCCUCAGGUGUACCAACUCGGUGUGGUUCGUCAAAAGAGUCUCCUGUAAACCCAGAGCCUCAAAACCUCAGUAAUGCAGCUCACAUACUUACUGUGAACCUCGCCCUAUCGUAUCUCAAAGUGCUGUAGGAGGUUUUGAGGAGUGGUGAGCCAGUUGACAGGUGCAGCCAGUCAAUCAGUACUGCAAUGUCCUUUUAAGUUCCAAAGGCUGCAAAACAAGAAGCACAAAUAGAUGGAACGUACAUGGGUGGUUGUAUGAUCUAGCAAGCAGAGGUUCCAGUUCCCUUCUUGCCCGCUAUGAUCUAAGUGAUAGCGAGGACACAUACAAAUUUGUGGACUUCCAUUCUCAUAAGUCUCUCAAUUAGCCAGUUGUUAAUGUCACAUAUAACUAUAGACCUUGAUCCUCUCUCUCACACUUUCAUGGCCAAUCUGCAUCCUCCUCUCACCUCGUGCUGAGACAUGGAGAGUACCCGAGGUUUUUAUAACUUUUUUACUGCAUUUUUGUUGUCUUGAGUACCUUAUUCUUUCUCUGGUUGUGGGUGUGUCAGAGCCGAGUGCCUCCUGGGUGGUGGCUGGAGAGAGCACUCGGAGCUAAGACUAAACAUUUCCGACGUGCCAGGAUAAGUAACUGGCAUUCUGUAGACUAAGCUGCUUAUCUCCAGUGGUCAGCCUGUGAAUUUCUUCUCUACUCCAGCUUCAGACUUGUGCUUCAGGCUGCUCUGUGCUGCCUCAGUGACCUGGUUUGAGAGAAGCAGUUAAGUUCUCCUAUUGCAAAUUUUUUUCCUUCAUUGUACUCCUUCUCAACUUAUCUAUUUAACAUGUUUAUCACUUCAGAGAAUCUUCUCCUUCAUCAUGUUUUUAUACAGUUCCAUAAUUUAACUAAAUGUGUGUUAACUUUACCACUUGCUCACAUUCCCUUUCACCCUAGCUCCCUAUUCUGCCUCAUGAAGCUCCCUUCCCCAUGUCACCCUCAGUUAGCAUGUUUCCCUCCCCUGUGGACCCCCUUGGGGCAGCCACCCGUGAUCAUGUGCCUCAGUACAGGUAGAAGUAGCAUAGCAGUAGAGGUGUGUCCCUGUGUUGCCCCGGGGCCAGCAAGUAGCGUUUGUCAUAAGGGUAAAGAGAAGAUGUGUGCAAGUGUAGCUGGAAGAUGCAGUCGUAGUGUGUUUUUUACAACGGGAGAUUGGCCAAGGGCUAAGAGAAAAGCAGAGCAAACACCCGCAAGUGCCAUUCCCAACAGAAAGUGUGAAAGAAACUGAGUGUUGCAAUGAUGGCUCUUCUCACUCAGCACACCCCAGGAUCUCAACACCUGUUCACUCUGUCUUGUGGGAGCUGUGGCUGAGGUCAUGAUGUUUGGUAGUCAUAACUUGUCAUUAUUCCUGAAACUUAUCAUGGAAAAACCCUGACUCAUUCAGAGGAGGCGGCAGGCACAAUGCUGAGGGCAUUGCUGUCUGGAGGUGAAGUGGGAGGUGCCGCCUGCAGGAGUCACAGUGUAGUGACGCCAGAAAUCCUGUCCCAACUCAUUGCAAAUUGUUGAGUUUUUUUGUGAUCAGCCAAGUAAUUGCUGCUGUUCUUGUUUAGGUGCAAUGCUUCUACUGAAAUUAAGGAAGAAUAUUUUUAUAUAUGAACAAUAAGUGCAUCAUUGAAAAGCACAUGAAGGUUACAUGCAAUAACCUUCAGAAUUUUGUAUCAGUUACUUUUAAAAACACAUUGAACUUGAUUCACAUACAAGUUACAUUUGCAUUGUAGCAUUCCAGUUCAGAGUGUGUAUGGUUUAUGGAGCCAAAUGUUUCAUCAGUAACUCUUGUUUACUGCCACGACAGAAGUAAUUACAUGGUUGCUUACACUCACUCAACACUCACAGAGACCAAAUACACAGUAGGUAGAUGACUCCCAGAAGGUCACAAGUGUGUGUGGGCAGUACAAAAGUGACACAGCGGAGAGGAAGCCAUAGUGCAGUUUUGUGAUAAAUUAGCGGCAGAAAUAGCAGCAUCAGCACCUUUGGCGGCCAGUUCUCUUGGGAAGGCCAGCGGGGGCAGCUGCGGGGGAUUCCACCCCUUCGCUCCUCCAGCACUGGCAUGGUAGGACUUGGCAACCGAUCAUGGCCUUAUAUACACUGCAAGUUUUGUACAACCGUAUAGACAAGUUGAGGCUGAGGUGGAGAGGACCGACCCUGUACCCCAAAGAGCCCGGGCAGCAAGGCAGCCCGGCCCAAUGCGGAGCAGACAGUGGGUGGGCCGGCGAGGGCCAGACCCCCGCUCCGCACUACAAUCUCCCAAGUGACUUACUGACUCCUUUUUGUACAAUGAUGAUGUGUUGUAGCAUUCCAUAAGUGUUCCAGUUUUCACAGUGUUGAAUGGUGCUUGUAUAGCCAUGCAUGUACUAAUUAGCCAGUGGGUGUUCCUAUUGCUAAGGUGUACAGUGUGACCCCUAGAGGGCCUCUCCCACCCCAGGACAAGUAUAUUCCCAGAGCAGCAUGACGCUCCUGUCUUGCUUGGCCCUCCACUGCCCUGUGAUGCCUCGUUUCCACAGGGACAGUUGUUCCCACUCGUCACUCUCUCCUUCCUCUCCUCUCCCUCUACUUUAUCCAUAUUCCUGCCUCUGCCCCUCUCCUUGACUGUAAAUACUUACACAUUCAUCUUCCCCUGCCAAGUACUGCCCUGGAAGGUCCGUGUAUCGGCAGCAAUAUUUCUUUACAUUUUUAUGCUUGAUAAAAGAAGUAAUCUUAAUUUGUCCGUUGAUUAUUGUCUGGUGAUGUACAUGGGAUUGGCAUAGAAAGUGUUAUAUUUAUAAUUAAGAAGGUUAUAGCUUUAUGUAUUUGUACAUAUGUACAUAUAUCCUGUAUAUGUACAUACAAUAAAUAUAUACAUUCUGCUCAUAGGAAUAAUCAAUAUUUAAGGAUGCAUUUUUAAUUAUAUGACUCCUGUAAGAAGGAAAUAAUCAAGUCUGAAGUAACAGCACUGAAGUGGCCAGUGACUGUCCACCUCCACACCUGUCUGGAGCAGGUGUGUGGGAUGCGCCUCACCCUACACAUGCUGGAGAGAGUGCGUGGCAGGUCACACCUGACACACACUCUCUUGAGCGAGUAUUCAGGAACAAAAUAUUUUACAUUCGACAGAGCAGGUGUGUAGGGACUCGUAAUUCACACUGUCUGGGCAGGUGUUUGGGAUUCACCCUACACCUGCAUGGAGCAGAGUGUCGGUUGUUCAAUACACACCUGCCAGGAAUAAGUGCAUGUGUGCAACCCGUACUACACCUGGCUGGAGCAGGUGUGUAAGGGUGUGCCUCACAGCAUUUCCAGGAGCAGGUGCGUAGGGUGAGGCUUUCACAGCAGCGUGCAGCAGGUGUGCAGGGGUGGUAUAUGUCGCCUGCCACACGCUCUCCCAGGCGGUGAUGGCGUCAUUUGAAGCACAUGAAACAAGACGCAAACGAUAUGCUAUGUUGACGCUCCAACGUGACCCUCGCGUCGCGUGGCCAGGACGCUCAGGAGGGCCAUGGCCACACACCACAUUCCUCUGUCACUCAGGCUACACUCGACCCUUCUCCAUUACUACUACCUAUAUACAUAUACAGUAAGAAAUACUAUAUAUAUAUGUAUGUACGUAUUUCAUAAUAUAUACACAUACUACACUAUACAUACGGAGGAAUAGUUUUAAUUAUUAUCAUUAUUAUCAUUGCGUGAUUCUCAAGGCGGAGGACUGGCCCGGGUUGCCCUGUGUGACUCCCCACGCCCUGCUGGACCUGAUGGCAUUUUACUUUUGUUUUUACUUUAUUUUAUGUUUAUCCUCAUAUUGACGAAAUUUUAAGGCUUACUUGUUUUAUUUUUGUUAUGUCUUGGGUCGACCGAAGUGUUACAUAAGAAAGCGAACGAUAGGUAUGAUAAAGUCAGUCCCGGUCCAUGAUUUCGUUGUUCGUUGUGUUGAUAUUGCUAGUGAUUGGUGGUCCUAGUCAUGUGUGGCGGCAGGUGUGUCCAGCAGGUGUGGGUGAGCCUGUCUCUGGGGCGUCGCUCACACAUUUUCGUCACUACUUCAUAACGUCACGGUUACGUCAUCAUUUAAUAUUCUCAUCACGUUCAUUCAUCAUUGCAGAUCAAAGACAUUUUCCCCUUCUAUAUUUAUUUCCUUUUAGCCUUUGGAAAUGCCUCUCAAAGUAUUACAAGUAACCUCACCUUCUCCAUUGAUGUUACUCAAUGCAUACAUAACCUUCUGUAAUCUUCCGAAACACUAAAUACUGAUGUAAUAUAUGAAAAUUGAGAAGUUUA